AGUGUGUAGGCAGAGGUUAGGAAUAGGGGAUUUCAUCAUGGAGCAAGCUCCGGUGCAGGUGAGACUGUUUUCUGCAAGUGUGGGCCAAUUUCAGUUCCUCGAGCUGCGAUGUGUUGUUGAUAUGAUGCUGAAUUAAUGCAUCCAUCAAGUUGCACAUCAAGUUGGCAUUCUCACAGUCGUCGCUUGGAUAAUUUGCCCCAAAGAGAGCGCGUCUCUUUUCUUUCUCGUUUAGCUCCGUCGAUGCUUUGCUUCUUGAAUUGGGGGCUGUGAAUCUUCACGCUGCGAACGAGUGAUCUGCUACCAGAUCAGGUUAAUUGUGUCGCGGUUUCUGUUUGUGGGUUUUUGUUUGGUGAGCUGAUCGAAUGCCAAGGGGUUGUGUGUAGCUGCAUACGUUGAAGAGGAAGACGGUGUGUGGGUUUGGUUGUGACUAUGGCGCCUCGACUGCAGCCUUUCUCCCCACGAUCGCCAGUGCUGCGUCGUACUGCCGCAGCAAUGGCCAGUCUUUCAGCCCAAUUUUCGAACCGCAACAAUUUGGUCGUUGCACUUUGUGUGAUUGCGCUUCUUCUCGUCGUGCUUCAUAGCGGGCCUGUGAACCUCUCUGCGCUCCCGCUCUCUCCGACAUUGCCACAGGAUGCCAGUCGCUGGGAUUUUCCGGUGUACUCGAAGACUUUGAGUCCCAUGCGAAAGGUUUUGAACGGGACGGAGUAUGUGUACCAGGUGCCACCGAGCCCUAGGGCUGUGAUUUUUUUGGCGCACGGAUGCAAUUGCAAAGCGACUUUCUUUUGGGACAAGCACCCUGAGUGUCAGACUUGUUGUGGGGCGCCGGAGGAGCGGGCGUUCGUGAUUGAGGCGCUGCGGAAGUCGUAUGCUCUGAUUGCAAUUUCUAGCCAAAAUGAGUGCUGGCAAAAGGAAGACUCACGGCGAGCGAAACUCGUUUUGGAGAGCUGGAUCGACGAGUUUACCCUCACGGAGCUGCCGUUGUUAGGGUUAGGUGCAUCCUCUGGAGGCUAUUUCAUUUCAAGUUUUGCGAAGGUCGUCAGAUUCGACGCCAUUGUCGUGAUGAUUGCGGAAGGAAGGUUUCAAAGCGUCCCAGAUUCACUGUAUCCACCGGUUCUAUUUGUGCAUAUGAUCAAGGAUGAGAUGAGGGCGAAGAAGAUCCGGGAGAGAAUUCCAGUCUUGAGGAAAGCUGGAAUUGAAGCAGAUGAAAUCCAAUGCAAGGAGAUCAAAAUCAGUGAUGACUUUUUCGCGAAGCGGAUCCCGUACAUUGAUGUCCCAACGUCAACGAGAUUGCGUGAAUUCUUCCUGCAGUCUGAAUAUCUAGAUAAAAGAGGUCAUCUGAAGAUGGAUGGCAGGCUAAUGAAGUGGAAAGCAGAAAUGAGGAGUAAAGGCGGUCAGGAGCUGCUGGAAACUCUCUCCCGGAAAUCUGGUAACUGGGAGCACCAUAUUUGUGAAGAGCUCAACGUCGCGUUUUCUUUCCAUGAAUUCACGAGCCGACCUACUGGGAAGAUCAUUGCGUGGUUGGAAUCACAUGUCAAAAUGCCUCCCAAGAUUACCUCGGAGAGUUGGAGAUGAGCAUGUAGAGUUUUGGCCCGAAGGUGGGGAAUGGAAAAGCGUGCAGGACGAUCGAUAGCGCGUUGCAUUCGGAGCUUACCGCUUCCAACAAGCAUGAAAGCUACAGAAGAGAAUAGAGGCGAAUUUCAACGGUAUGGAUUACUUUUCUAUACAUAAUUCUGGACAGUCUCGGCACUGUCAACCUAGUGUUACCCGAGUUAGAAAACAAAACUAUCUCGUUUUCACAAUAGAUGAAAAGUUACAAAGUUGAACAAACCGAAAUGCUGGAGCAUACACUAUUUGUCUAGUAUUCCAUCCUCAUAGAGCCUUGUAGGCCACGAAAUAAAUGAAAUUGAAAGCCAUUUUCAAAACCAGUAGCAUUAACUCUAGAACCACUGAUGUUCGCAGACCUUAUUUCAAACACGUAGACUCGGGAUCUGUGAGUUUAAGGAUCUGCUCGGGAUAGAUCGUAACAGAAUUCACCAGAGUGAAAAUCUCGCAAUUAGCAGCAAAGGAAUGAAAAACUUCUCCAAA